AUGGCGACACAGCGCGACACAACAUACGGCUACUCGCCGGCCGCGUUUGAACCGUCCACCAUCCCCGAUAUCGACCGUGAUUUCCUGAGACCGGGGGAAUUGGAAGCAUUUGAAGCAGCACUGCAAGCGCCUGACAUUCACCACGGUUAUGGCGACGACAUCUCCAGCCCAAGGUCACCAAGGAGCCCUGGGCUGACGAAGCGAAACUCACAGACCGGCGUCGACGAAUAUGACGAAGCAAACGUUGUCGCGGCAGAAGCUGCAGCUCACUCUGGCCAACUCUCACUCCCCAUAUCCCCAAGCCCGACACCCGCCCAAGGUACCUUCAUCACAGCUCAGAACGAUUGGGCACCAGUCAACCCUCGGCUGUAUGCAUCGACUCGUGCAGGCAAAAAGAAGAAACGGCGAACAAAGCGAGCUGUCGAAGGAUUGCUAGGAACACGCACACAAGACGAAACCAGAGAAGGAUACCUGUAUCAGCUCUCCAAGUGGCCCUUGCUAAUCUUUGUCUUUGGCUGGCUUCUCGGCCUGGCUGUCGCGUAUCUGUCAACCCGACUAUACAUAUGGGUCUAUGAACACUUCGUUACGUGGCGCGGCCGACGCGAAAAUCAUAGACGCACGUUACGCCGCGCGGGUAACUAUAAGGACUGGGUUUCGGCUGCUCGAGAACUUGAUGGGUUCCUCGGCAGAAAGGCUUGGCGCGAGGAAAAUGAAUUCGCAUACUACGACUCCAAAACGGUCAAGAGAGUUUGGGAACAAAUGAAAAAGACGCGAGCCCUGGCGGAAGCAUCUGAAAAGCCUGGGGCCAAGGAUGGCCAGAGCAGGGCCGUCUAUGAGCUGCGGGCACUGGCUGAAGCAUGCACAAAGAACAACUUUGUCGGCGUAGAAAACCCGCGUCUCUACAGUCAAACGUAUUAUGGAACAAAGAACCUUGUUCAAAAUUUUAUUGACGAAGACGAACGAACUCUCCGAUUUUUACUUAAAACUAAACAACUGACAGCAGAGGAGAGGAGAUUGCUGUUUAAACACGUUCACGCGAAUUUCGGUCGAACGGCACUGUGCCUGUCAGGCGGCGCGAGCUUCGCAUACUAUCAUCUUGGUGUUGUGAGAGCGUUGAUCGACACGGAUCUGCUGCCUGAUGUUAUUACCGGAACCAGUGGAGGAGCGCUUAUUGCCGCCUUGGUUGCAACGAGGACAAACGAUGAGCUUAAAAAGCUUCUAGUACCAGCCUUGUCAACCAAGAUUGAUGCGUGCCAAGAGCCCAUGUCUACAUGGAUCCCUCGCUGGUGGCGGACCGGAGCCCGUUUUGACUCUGUAGACUGGGCCCAACGAUGCAGCUGGUGGGCAAGGGGAUCCAUGACGUUCCGCGAAGCAUACGAGAGAACAGGACGUAUUCUCAAUGUUAGCUGCGUGCCUGCUGACCCGCAUUCGCCAACCAUCCUCUGCAACUAUCUGACAAGUCCAGACUGUGUCAUCUGGUCCGCGGUAUUAGCUUCAGCGGCAGUUCCGGGCAUUUUGAACCCUGUCGUACUAAUGAUGAAAAACGCUGACGGGACUCUCGCACCAUACUCUUUCGGUCAUAAGUGGAAGGAUGGCAGUCUGCGCACUGAUAUCCCAAUUAAGGCUCUCAACACGCAUUUCAACGUCAACUUUACCAUUGUCAGCCAAGUCAACCCGCAUAUCAACCUCUUCUUCUUUUCUUCACGAGGAACAGUGGGACAUCCGGUCACUCAUCGUAAAGGACGGGGGUGGCGUGGCGGGUAUCUCAUGUCUGCGAUUGAGCACUAUCUCAAGUUGGAUAUGAACAAGUGGCUCAAGUUUAUCCGACACGCAGAGCUUCUCCCCCGACCUUUGGGUCAGGACUGGAGUCAGCUAUGGCUGCAGGAGUUCAGCGGUACCAUUACGAUCUGGCCAAAGUCACGCCCCUCUGACUUUUACCACAUUCUCUCAGAUCCUGAUCCUCAGCGUCUGGCCAGGAUGCUUCAUGAGGGCAAGCAGAGCGCAUUCCCUAAGCUCAAGUUUAUAGCCAACCGGCUAAAAAUCGAGCGACUCAUUGAGCAAGGAAGACGAGAGACGCGACCCUGGGUUCGUCGUGGCAGCAUUCAGGCGGUGCUGAGUGAGGAAGACCUGCGCAGCUUGCUUGUUGGUGAACUUGCUACUGGAGCGACAACAGAGGAUGAGACGGACCCAGAUGAUUUCACUAUUACCACAGAGGAAGACGACGAUCGUAAAGCCCACGAUAAGAAGGAGUGA